CAAAACGAAAACAAACGCCAUUACGGAUUUAAAAUCACUAUUUUGUGUAUAACGCAGGAUUUUUAACUCAUUUCGUGCAUAAAAUCGCGUUUAGUGCAAUGGUGACUGCUUUAAUAACAGUGAAGAGAGUUUUCGCAGCAAAAUAGUGAAUUUGUGAAAAUUUUAAUACCAAAAAGCCUAAGUUGGAACAGCAAAAAUAUGUUUGCUGACGGAGGUUGUGUGAAUAGAAAAUACCAAUAAAAUUUUCAUUAUUGAAGAGAUAAGUCAAAAUUUGGAUAUAAAAUGUGAAGAUUGUGAGAUACGGUAAUGUGCAUGUUGUCAAAGUACGAAAUUUAACGACAAUGCUCGAUAAGGAGCAGCCGAGUCGUCAUCAACUGGUAGAUACCAGCCAUCGGGAUGUGUAUAUCCCGCCAUUCCAUCAGAACAUUUUGGCGACCACAUACAAUUCUACUUCUUCGCGGAUAGAAGAAUCUCCUUCAGUACUUGGUUUUGACUUUCCACUCGGAACGGAAGAUGAAAUCGAAAGGUUGGAGCUAGGUAUUAAACAGAGUGCUAUCAUUCGGGAUCAAUACGUGCAAUAUCUUAACCUGACGAAGCCGGUCCAUUUAAACGUUGUGCAAUCAUUUAGCAUGUUCUUUAGUGACCAUGCAAUGACCAACUACAGUUACUACGGCGUCGAGAGAGCCGAGUAUCCCAAAACACCAAAAAAAGCGAUGAAAAAGUACGACAUGUUCUCCGUUUGCAUGAUGGAGGCUUGGCGAUCGCAUGGCAUCAACACGGUCAGUCUAAUGGAGCAACUUAAAAAGGCUGUCUACCAUAUAAGUCGCAGACGUUACACAAGGAAUCAAGUUUUGAAAAGAAAAAUGAAACUUUUGCAAAGCAAUUGACUAGAUUUUUGUUCAUUACUUUAAAAAUAAAUUUCAGUAUUUUUCCAUAUCAUUUGCUGGUGUUCAGUAUAGUAUCAAAUUUCUGCAAUUUAAAUAGAUUUUAUGAUACUAUAUAUCGAAGUCGAAAUCGCUGCCCUUCAACAUUACUCCGUAUAAAAGCCCAGCUUUCUGCAUACAGACGAGUUGCAGCAAAAAAUCCUCUUAAUUCGGAUAAUAAACGUCGCGUAACUCAACC